AUGGAUUCAAGCGAGCUCGGACCAUUCCAGAAUAAUGUGUCCUCUGCAUUGGUGCAACUUGUCAAGACUGUUGGUCAAUUAGCUGCUGAGGACCUCAGCUUCCAUCGCAACUCCAACGCAGAGUUUACGGAAUCGCUCGACGAGCAGAGCGAGCGAAUUCUAUCCUUGACCAAUGCCGUACUGAAGGCGGCUACUAUUGGCACAGAUGUGGAAGUGCCGGCUCUCGAUACGGAAGAUGCCCUCGAAGACAAUUGGCGUGGCGUUGUGGACGUGAUCGAUGCGCUUCUCGAGAAAGCUGACGCUUGUUUGGACGAAUUCACUGGCGUAAUCAAGAAGUUGAGCCCGUCUCAAGAGGAACAAGCACCCGUGGUCAGGAAAGCCUCCAAGUUUCCUUCCACUUACGAUUACGGCCCAUCCAAAAUUCUGAAACCGCAACUGUUGUUUGAUCACAAGCCCGACAAUUCCGACCUGGGCCCGUUCCAACCGCUCUUGAAGACCAAACCUCAUGCGACGGUUUCAAUCGAACAAUCAUUGACACAGCGCUCGCUUGGAGAGGUAUCAUCUUAUCCUCAUCCUUACGAAAACGAGAUUCGCAACGCUCAAUACCCCGCAUUCGUUUACGAAUCCGCUCCCCCGAUCGAUUACCUCUCAUUCGAGGAUACGACAGCAACCUUCGUGGACACCUUGGAAGGAGUCAAAGAAAUGCUCGCAGAGUUGAAGGAGGCAAAAGAGAUUGCUAUAGAUUUGGAACACCACGAUGUACAUUCUUAUCACGGCCUUGUCUCGCUGAUGCAGAUUAGUACCCGGAACAAGGAUUGGGUCGUGGACACAUUGAAGCCCUGGAGAGAAGAAUUGCAGAUUCUGAACGAGGUCUUCGCGGAUCCAAAUAUCCUGAAGGUUCUACACGGAUCCACCAUGGAUAUCAUUUGGCUACAGCGUGACUUGGGAUUAUACGUCGUUGGCAUGUUUGAUACUUUCCAUGCGGCUUGUGCUCUGGGAUAUCCUAAGAAGAGCCUCAAAUAUCUUCUCAAGAAGUUCGUCAACUUUGAAGCUGACAAGCGCUAUCAAAUGGCUGACUGGCGUGUUCGCCCACUCCCGAGUGGCAUGUUCGACUAUGCUCGGUCGGAUACGCAUUAUCUUCUCUAUAUCUAUGACUGCAUGCGCAACGCGCUGAUCGAGGCUUCCACUCCCGAAGGGAAUUUGGUUGACUAUGUCCAAGAUCGGUCAAAGACCGAGGCUCUUCAGAGGUACGAACGUCCCGUAUACGACGCUGAGAAGGGACAGGGUGCCGGUGGCUGGUACGAUCUGCUUUCAAGAAAUCCCAGUGGGCCGCUCUCCAAGGAGCAAUUUGCUGUCUUCAAGGCCAUCCAUCAAUGGCGCGAUGAAGUAGCACGGGACGCAGAUGAGGGCUGUCAGUGUGUGUUUCCCAAACAUAUGCUUUUCAAGCUCGCGCAGAUCAUGCCCACCGACAUGGGCACGCUGCUGCGUACUCUUUCCCCCAUGACACCCCUCGCCAAAAGCCGGGCCGAUGAGCUUCUUCACGUCAUCAAGGAGGCAAAAGCUGCCGGCGCGAAUGGCCCAGAAUGGCGCGAUGUCGCCCCGCCAUCUCGCGCUCCCGUAGUAGCCUUGACCAUGGACCAGCAAGACGAUCACUUCCCCGUCGCCGAGCGUUACCAAACCUCUCAGUUCUGGGGUGAUGUUCUUGAGAUGCAAGAGCCUUUGACACCGGCAGAAUACUCGACUGCGGCCUCGAUUGAGGCCCUACGUAUGUCCCUCCCUUUGCCACCGAUGCCUAAGACUGUUUCCGAGGCUCGCGAAAAGCUGGGAGUCUCCGCAGAAACCCAGACGACAACGGCCCCUAAGCCCGUCCCUGCGGCCCCACCAGCGCCGGAAGCGCCCAAGUACUUUACCGUGAAAGAUCUUGGAGGCCCGCGUAAGCGCAAGGCUGCUGUUGUCGAGUCCCCGAAAGAUGAGCAGCCUACGCUCGAAGUCCUCGAUGAGCCGGAACACGACACAGAGCUUAGUGCAAAGGAGCGUAAGAGACAACGCAAAGAAAAGAACAAGGCCAAGAAAGCGGCCCAUGUCGCUGCUCAGGCUGCUGCGGACUCCACUCCAUUCGACUACACCAACGCAGAAUCAAUUCUGCACAAGACCCCCGCAGCCGAACCUAAGGCUCACAGUCGGAAGAAGCCAUUUAAUCCCUACGCCAAGGCUCUGGAAGCGCCCUCAGGCGCCCGGAAGCAAAAGCGAGACGACUCUGGCAAGUCGAUGACUUUCCGCAACUAG